ACCAAACCAUGCCGCAGCCAGACAUCACGAAUCCAGACUACAUAAAGUUCUUUAUAGAGUCCUGUGAGAAGACAGCGAGGCUCCGACAGAAAUGGAAUACUUUACACCAGGAGAAACUUCAGCAGGCUGCUGUUCUUACGAGGCCUGAUAAAAACCUUACUGACAUCGAAGUUAUUAAGCAAAAUAUGAUCGGCGGAUUAGGUUUGCAAACCUUUACUCACUCCCUAGAUGCGACAACACGCGACUUCAUAACGUCAGGGUACAAUCGGCGCCGCACACCUAUCCGCGACACAAAAACCAUCCCCGGCAUAGAAUCUUUGAGGAAAGAACACUCGAUACCGGCUGUAGGGCUCGGGGACCCGAAGAAAGAUCCGAGACUCGGCCGGCCGGACACUGAUCUCCGUCCGGAUCCGAUUAUGAAGCCUGUGGAUCCGGCGCAUACCGAGAUUUUGUUUAAACCGAAACCGUUCUUUGGCCGAUUGGUGUAUAUUAAGAAUAGGGAGAAGAUUAAGCCAGAGGACAGAUGCCAUAAUCCCUUCGCCACCAGAACCAUGUCGGCGCCCAUCCAAAUUUCUUCAGAUAUUAGACCCGACAUAAAUAUCUUCUGUGUUUUUAGAUAUUAUUUCGCCGAAAAAAGCGGUUGGGACUAUGGCUGGCGUCUCAAAGACACGCCAUUCGGCAGCGUCGGCGCGCCGCGGACCGCCAAGGUGUACCGUCUGUUCCGCGACCAGAUGAGCCGCGUCGGACCACAACCGGACCCGUACUAUUAUAACCCGCCGGUGAAAACUAUGAUGGGGCCUUGCGAUGGCUGA